AUGUUUCCCGCCAACAUUCAAGAGUUCUUGACAUCCCUUCCUAGGCCACCUCGACUGGGUCGGAAUGCGUCGAAAGGGACGGCAAUGGAGGCUUAUACAGCACAUAAUAUCUUGACGGUUCCUGAAGAUCAACCAAUCCUCAGCCGACUAGACCAUACGCUCAUUCCUAGACUGACACAGUUUAUCUCUUCGGUGGUCGUUGACUUCGAUAUUGGCGAUGUAUCUUGUCAGUCAAUGCUGCAGGGUCUCCAGCUUAUGCGAGCAUGUCGAAUCGAGGGCGAAAACAACGUGAGCCUCUACGGCGAAUAUUCUACCAGAGCAAUAGACCCUAUCGUUCAUGCUAUCGCAGAAGCUGCCCAUAUCGAUGGCGAAUUCACUCUUCAUCGUGAGCCUGUUACGGACCUCGUGUGGCCGCAGAAAUGCAGCUGUUUUACUUUCACGCUUGUCGGACAAGACGACGCGGUUAAGGAGCAAGAUAUUCGAGUCUGCUCUGAUGAGGAUACAGCGUACUCGUCGUUACUUUCGAGGGCAGAGGAACUCAGCCAGUCGAUUCGCCUAGACGUCACUAGGAAGCAAGAAGGUGCCGCUGCUAUGGCCAUCAACCUUGCAUCGCAGAUGAUUACUUCACGCGUAGAGUACGGCUUUUUUUUCCUGCGGCUCGCCCGGUCUACGGAUAUGUCUCGCCCAGGCCAUAUUCUACUACUGUCACCUGCAUUCAGACUGUCCGGAGAACCCCUUGUGCACCCUGACUCGAACAAAACGCUCACGCCAUUUCAAGUUAACAUUCAACCCCAGCCAUUCCUCGCCAUAGUCGUUGCAAUGAUAUUCUCCAAAUUGCUUCCUGGUCGCCGCGUCGCCGAUCCUCCUCCUGAUCUCUUGCGGCCUCAGUUAUCGGAGUCAAUACAAGAUACAGAUGUAGGCCAGAAAGAACCGAAAGGUAAUGAAGAAGACGACCAUGGCGAGGAUCAAGCAGAUCAAAGCGAUCUCCCAGCCGUUCCUUUACAAAUUGCGACGAAUGCGAUGAUAUUGCAGCAUCCAUGGCUACGGUCCACUGACAUACACCGUAUCUCU